GCAUGAACGUGGAUUAACGUAGUGCUACGCACUGACAAGCCGCGCUGAUCACUGCUGGAAGCCUUUGGCUAGAUUACAUAAUUUCCAAGCUUCAAAGUUUCUUCUUUGCGUUUUGAGUGUUGAAAAUAGUUGAGUCAGCCAUUUACUGUGCAUAAAUAAUAAACAAAUCCUUCCAUACGCGCUUCUUACGCUCUUGCGAUGAACUAAUAAUUAGUGGGAGAAUACAUUUCCAUUUUCAGGUAGCCGACAAAUGAAAGAAAUAGAACGAAAGGUGAAAGAAAAAUAAUUGCGAAUGCAAUGUCACCGAGCAAGCUCGUCCCAAACGGGACUAGUUCUUUAGAAACGGUGAAAGCAAUCGGAUGUGAACGCUUGUAACGGCAACUUUUCUUCAAAAUGAACUCACAACGGCUGCUGUACAUCUGUUUGUGGCUGACGAUCUGCAUCCACACAAUCAGCCCCCUUCCACUGCUGGAUUACUUCAGUUCAGAACCGACUUCAAAUUCCUUGCCCAACAACGCAACUGAGAAUUCCACCGCGCUAGCUGAGGUUCAUCCUGUUGAUGACGAUGCUCGUAAUUACCUAAUAAAUUACGAUACCGUUCUUCCUGUGCUGAAAGUUGUGCUUACACCGAUUGGUCGCAUGUUUCAACCGAUGAUCGAACAAUGGUUGGCGGAUCGCUUUGGACCGUACAUCGACUCGAUCGGGCGUGCCGUGGAAGGAAUUUCACGGUACGCAACGGAUAACAUCAACUUCCAGACGGGGGACACCUACUAUACUAAACACGAUCUGCUGGACGGGUACGGAUACAAUUCGCUCAUCAUUACCUUGGCAUCCGGGCGAACAUUCACGGUGCUAACGCACAAAUCCAACCGUAAGUUCAACAUCCUGGACGAGUUCCCCCAGAUGUCGGAAGCCAUAAAUGAGGUUCGAAAGUUGCAGUGAGAACGAAGACUGAAUUUAACAAACAAUUAGGUUGUGUACAGAACGAAGAAUUAGUUAAAUAUUUAUUUAUUUAUUUUCCUCAUCGAAUAACUUUUGUUAUAACGACAAAAUAAUUUAAAUAAAUCUGUUAGACUAGAGUUGACCUAAAAUUUCCCUAUAACUAAAUCGAAUGUUAUUAAUCAAUGAGACUGAAAACUUAAUGCAAUCGUUCUCAUUUGUGUUAUGGAGAUUAUUUAAAUAAAACGUAUAGAAAUA